AUGUGGAAGCGAUCGGCGUCCUUCGUGCUGGACAACCGGCCCCAGCAGAGCGCCGGCGGAGGCGGCGCAAGGGAACAAACCCUAGCCGCGGCCGCCGCCACGGCGGUGUCGGGGUACUACCAGACGCGGGCGGAGCAUCACGUCUUGGUGUCCGAGGACUGGCUGGAGCAGGCGGAGGAGGCCGCGUGUGGGAGAGGGGAGUCGGAGGCGGCCGCCGGCAGGGGGAAAGGCGGCGGCGCGUUCGAUGUGAUCGACGAGUUCAACUUCUGGCGGAAGAAGCCCGACCUGGCGGAGGCCGUGGCGGCGAUCAUGGCGCUUUCGGUGGUGAUCCGAUCGAGCGAGGCGACCACCAUGAUGGAGCUGGAGAUCGAGCUCAAGAAGGCCUCCGACGCUCUCAAGGUAGAUGGCGCGCGAGCCCUCUCUCGUAUUUACUUCGUUGCCACCUUCUCGCCCUCUCUCUCUCUCUCUCUCUGUACCAGUGAUCUAGGGUUGUUGAUGUACAUAUUCUUCGCUCAAAUGCGAUACCUCAGAACUUUCCUGUCGAUUUUCAGCAGAGUUUUUGCAGUGGGAAGGGUUCUAGGAGAUGCAUCAGUCCCUCUCCCUAAUCAAAAAUUAGUUAGGAAAGGGGGAGGAGCUCCUAAUCUGUUCUUCUUGUAUCCAUUCUCCCUGGAAGCUGGUGAAAAUGUCGAAUCCAAUCGCUUGAGCAAUGGAGUCGGGCUCCGGAUUCGAAGGCAGCUUCAAAAACAUUUGCUAGGGAUUCUUGGGAAGAGCAGUGCCAGGGAUUCGGAUGAACAUUUCAUACAGAAAAAAUGUUUUGCAUCCCCUUCUCUGAAUGAAUCUCCUGUCAGCCGGCUUCCUGAAAUCCUGGGUUCAAAUCCCCUGUUCUAGGCUAGAAGAAGUUGCCCCGGAGUGCAUGUUCUUGGACAACCGACCCUCAAGUCAACGCGAUGUAGAGAAGGGGAUGCAAUCCCAUCACCCCCCCGGUCAACCAGUUCUGGUCGACUGGGGCAGGUGGAAAAACGGAGAGAAUUUGCUGGGAUGACAAAAUGUUCACUCCCUUUUUAUGUUCUGUCGUUCUAUCCGUUUUUGGCGUUCUUGGUUGGGAUUCAGGCGAUGACCAAGCUCUCGGGGUGAAAUGCUUCUGACUUGCGUCUGCACCAGUCCUCAGAUCUUACCUCCAUCUCCCUCUCCGCCGGCUGCGAUCUGUUCACGCGCUACGUCACCAGAACCAAGGCCCUGGAGUACGAGGACUUUGACGCCGCCAAGUCCCACCUGAUUGAGCGCGGGGAGAAAUUCGGCGAGCUUUCUCUCAGGGUAAUCCUCUCUCUCUCUCUCUCUUUCUCUUUCUCUCUAUCUCUGCAUUUCAUCUUCGACGUUGUCCUCUGCAUAUCCAGGCGCGUCGGAUCAUCGCGAUGCUGACGCAGGACUUCAUCUUCGAUGGGUGCACCAUCCUGGUGCAUGGGUUCUCGCGGGUGGUGCUGGAAGCUCUGAGGAUGGCGGCGAUGAACAGGAAGAUCUUCCGGGUCCUCUGCACAGGUCCGGCGGCGCUCUCUCUCUCUCUCUCUCACUCACACACACACAUUACUUACUCUUUCUCUCUCCCUGGCGGCGCCGCCGGGUUGGUGUUGAGAGUCUUCUCUCUCUCUCUCUCUCUCUCUCGCUACCUCUCUGUGCGUGUGCAACAGAGGGGAGGCCGGACAGCACGGGGGUGAGGGUGGCGAAGGAGCUGGGGGAGGUGGGAAUCCCGGCGAAGCUUCUGAUCGACUCGGCGGUGGCGUACGCCAUGGACGAGGUGGACAUGGUCUUCGUCGGCGCCGACGGCGUGGUGGAGAGCGGCGGGAUCAUCAACAUGAUGGGCACCUACCAGACCGCCCUCGUCGCCCACUCCAUGAACAAGCCCGUCUACGUUGCCGCCGAAUGCUACAAGGUCCUCUGCCUUCCCUUUCUCUCUCUCUACCCUCUCUCUCUUCUCUCUCGCUAGAGGAGUUACUGGUGGGUUUUGGGGCAGUUUGCGAGGCUGUACCCGCUGGACCAGAAGGACCUGGCGCCGGCGCUGCGGCCGAUAGACUUUGGGGUGGCGGUGCCGGCGGGGGCGGAGGUGGAGACGACGGCGAGGGACUACACGCCGCCGCAGUAUCUGACGCUCCUCUUCACCGACCUCGGCGUCCUCACCCCCUCCGCCGUCAGCGACGAGCUCAUCAAGCUCUACCUUUAG